AUGGCUAAGGCUGUAGUUAGCGAUUCUGAAGUUGAUCUCAAAACAUUUACGGAUUGCAUGUAUUUUAUAAAUGGUCAUUGUAAAUUAAAUGAUAAAUGUCGUUAUCGUCAUUGUCCAGAAGCUGCUGCACAAACAAACAAUUGUUUUAAAUGGCCAAAAGUAUGUCGUGAUACAAAAUGUCCUUAUCGACAUCCUGCAAUACCUAAACAACUAGAAAAGAAAAAAAAAUCAAUACCAACACCUCCAAUUGUUAAUUCUAUACCAUUACAAACACCACCAAUAGCAUUACGAAGAGAAGGUUUAAUAAGUUUUUUUUGGGAUAUUGAAAAUGUUCCUAUACCAAAAGCACAAAAACCUUUUGAUAUUGUUCAACGUAUUCGACAAAAAUUAGUUAUUGACGCUGGUUUAAGAGAAUAUAGUUUUUCAUGUUAUUGUAAUACUACAACAAUAUCACAAGAAAAUCAACUUAGUUUAUUUCAUGCUAAUGUUCGUAUUGUUCACGUACCAGAUCGUAAAAUUGGUGCAGUUGAUCGUCAAAUAAUGCUUGAAUUAGAUCGUUUUGAACGUGCUCAUCAACCUCCGGCAACAAUUGUUCUUAUUUCCGGUGAUAUUGAUUUUGUUGGAAAACUAAGUGAUCUUCGUCAUCAAGCUGGAUUUCAUGUUAUUGUUAUUCAUAAUAAGCCAGCAAAAGAAGAAUUAAAAGCAACAGUAAAUGCUCAUUUUCCAUGGGAAGUUUUUACACAACAAGCAGGCAAUGAAGCUAGUAAUUUGGAAAUGUUAACAAAUGAAAUAAGAUCACGAACACCUCAAUCAUAUCGAAUGAAUAAUCAAAAUAGUAAUGGUCAUCUACGUCAAACAGAUCCAUCACCGAUUCGUUCGAAUCCACCUUCUAAAUCAUCCCGAUCAUCUGCAUCAAAAAAACUAACAUAUCAAUGUCCAAAAUGUACAAGUGAAUUCGAAUCCAUUCAAGCUUUACGACAACAUCAAGGAGCUAAAAAUCAUUUAUUUGAUUGUCCAAUAUGUGAUGAAAAUUUUUCAACAUUUGAAGGAUUAACUCAACAUCAAAAAGCUAAAGAUCAUCAUGAACCAGAAUAUAAAUGUGGACAAUGUAAUCGUCGUUUUACUAAAAUUGAAAGUUUAAAUCAACAUCAACAAGCUACUAAUCAUAAUGGAUUAUCUAAUCCAACAUCAUUAAAUAUUGAUGGUUUUGUACGUGGAGCAACAUCUUCAUCAACAUUACAAAAAAAUAAUCAAGUUAAGAAUGAUGUUGUUCAAGAUGCAGCAAUGAUCAUUAUUCAAAAAGGUAUUGAUGCUCUUGUUCAACAUUAUCCAAAAAUAUUUCCACCAAAAUAA